AGUGUUGAUGUUAAUUAACCAGCUGGAAGAAAUGUCUCACCGGUAUGAUUACAGAGCUGGAUUCUGGGGAGUAAUGGGAGGUCCAGGUCUUGGAAUAUUACCGCCAUUCAUAGAAGAGCUUAACUACCCAAUGCCAGAGAACAGCUCAAGUGGAACCACGGGAGUGUUUGUCAACGGAAGAGAGCUUCACCGGAAAGAUUUGGACUUGCUUGCGGGUAGAGAACUUCCUCCAGACAGAGAUAGAUCAUACAUUGUUGACAUCACGGGUAGAGUCAUAGAUGUAGACACCGGUGAAAAGCUCGAUUGCCUCGGAAAACUAGCCCCAACGAUUGAGAAAUUGAAGCGUGGGUUUGGGAUGAGACUCCCAAAGAGAACUACGUGAAGGAAGAUAUGACGAGAUAUGUAUUUAGCUGAAUAUCAUUUGUUUAACAUCUCCUGAAAAAUUUAGAGAAGUUAUGUAUUUAUUUAGAAAUUGGUAUUAUUUGCUUCCAAGUUUAAUUUUUAGACUCCUUCAAUCAAAAUUUGCUCUAAAG